UCAUACAUUAAUUUAUUUUUAAACUGAUAUGGAUUGCAGAGACUAAAUGUUUUGAAUUGAUUGAUCUUUGUUGUUUUUGUAUUUUUUUUUUUGUUGGUUGCUUAAACUGAAAAAAAUCACAUAAAUUCGUAAAGAUUUUGAUAUUUGAACGCAUCGCGAGGUGCCCAUGUGUUCAACGAGCAGCACUUGAAGGCAGCACACCAUCCGCCCGUUGGCGGGAUCACCUGACACAAACUCCGGGUCACGUGACCGCUCUUCCAUCAUCGCCAUUUUGCAGUGUGGGAGACAGUGAGGCCACUCUGUUUUUAUGGCUAACGAAUAAAACCAAGCAGUUUUUAUGUUCUGAGGACAAAGAGCGUCGAGUCUCGUUUCUGUCGGUCAUGGAUGAGAACGGCGGUGCAGCUGUCCUCAUCACACACUCUUCGCCUGCGACCCCCUCUCCCCCCCCGCUGGGACCUCAGAGCCGCCAGCCCGAAACCAAGGAAGCCCCCCGCCAUUUCCAGCUGAAACAGGCCGACGACUCGCUCAUCCAAGUCAUCGAGAAGCUCAGCAAGAUCGUCGAGAAGCAGCCCCAUCGGCGGGCCGGCUUGGGGGGCCAGAAGCGGGUGCUCCACGUUGCGACUUCUGCAGGAGGGGGCGCCGCUGAGGAGGUUUCUGCCUGUAAGAAAGUCAAAAGGCAGGAGGAGGCGAGGAAAGCGGGCGCCCAUGCCGACAACAACAACAACAACGGCGUGGCGGCGGGCGGGACUCAGAGGCGGACGGUGACGUGCUACCAGUGCAGCCUGUGCCCCUUCCUGUCCCAGACGCUGCCCCAGCUGAAGGAGCACCUGAAGCAGCACAACGAGCAGCACAGCGACCUCAUCCUCAUGUGCUCCGAGUGCCACUUUGCCUCCAGAGACCAGGCCCAGCUGGAGGCGCACGUCCGGCUGCACUUCGAGGACGGGGGGGACGUGAAGGGCGGCUCCGCACAUCCAGAUCAGGACGGGAAGGGGGACAGCCGGGAGCUGGUCCAGGGCUCUGUGGAGAGCUCCAGGAAGAGCUGGUACCGGUUCGAGGAGUACGGGCUGUACCGCUGCUUGAUCUGCAGCUACGUCUGCACGCAGCAGCGGAUGCUGAAGACCCACGCCUGGAAGCACGCCGGCCUGGUGGACUGCUCCUACCCCAUUUUUGAGGACGAGGAGGCGGCCUCCAUCAAGAAAGAGGCGCAGGCUCCUGCUAACAGCAUGGCGCCCAGGGAGGACGUGGUCGUCCUCUCUGGUGUUCAGGAUCAGAGCCUGCAGAAAGGCCCCGCCUCCUUCAAGCUGCAGCUCUGCGUGCCGCUCGCCGUCGACAACAAGGACGAAAGUCUCUCCGGGGAAAGUCCGAAAGCCUCAAAGGGCGAGGAGGAUGGCGAGUUCCCCAAAGACAUGAGCUCCGAGGAGCCUGCGGUGGAGGUGCAGGUGACCACGGAGGCGGAGGCCGAGCCAGAGGUGGACGGGCGGCACGGCAGCUCCUCCUCGGCGCCGGACAGCCUGCUGUCGUCGGCUCAGAAGAUCAUCAACAGCAGCCCCAACAGCGUGGGCCACAUCAACGUGAUCGUGGAGCGGCUGCCUUCAGCUGAAGACUCGGUUCUGGUGACCAAGCCGCUGCUGCUCAGCCCGGACAUGGACCGGGAUGAAAAAGAGGCGGAGCAAGACUACGCAGGAGAAGCUGACAGUCAGCCUGCAGGUGGCGACGUCAAACCCUCAGUCAUCAAGAGCGGUGACUCUUCACGGGAUGAGAACGUCCCCCCCGCCGGUCGGAAGAGGACCCACUCGGAAUCUCUCCGCCUCCAUUCUCUCGCCGCCGAGGCACUCGUUGCCAUGCCAAUGAGGAUGCCGGAGCUGCCUGCCUCCGGCGCCAAAGUCAACCUGACGCCAAACGUGAAGCUUUUAGAAGCUGGAAAAAAGGCUUCUGACAGAGAGACUGCAGCCGCCCUGCUGAAUCUGGAGCUCCACGGCGAGGUCAAAGAGGAGGAAGAUUUAUGUCCGCUCGCCGCCGGAGACGACGAGAGCCCCUCCACCAAAGCCGGCAUCAGCAUGUCGCUGCUCACCGUCAUCGAGAGGCUCCGCGAGCGCUCGGACCAGAACGCCUCCGACGAGGACAUUCUAAAGGAGCUGCGGGACAACGCGCAGUUCCAGCGCGGCGCCCUGGCCGGCGUGGUCACGGAGAACGGAGCGGAGAGCUACAUGUGCAGCAUUCCCGGAGCAGACGGGCUGCUGGGCGCCCCCGACGGCGGCUUGGUGGACUACAUCCCCGGCAGCGAGCGGCCGUACCGGUGCCGGCUGUGUCGCUACAGCAGCUGCAACAAGGGCUACAUCAAGCAGCACCUGCGCGUGCACAAGCAGAGGCCGCCGUACCAGUGUCCCAUCUGUGAGCACAAGGCCUCCAGCAGCAAAGAGCUGGAGAACCACAUGAUCCACCACUGCAAGACCAGGACGUACCAGUGCAAGCAGUGUCCAGAAACCUUCCACUACAAGAGUCAGUUAAGAAGUCACGACCGGGAGCACCACAGUGUCAGGGACGACGUGUCGGCCCUCACGGGGGUCGCAGAGACCGUCGUAUCCGUGGAAGACGCUGACAGGGGAACAGAUGAAGAAGGUAACGCGCAGAAGGUGUUUAAAUGUGACGUGUGCAACUACACCAGCUCUACGUAUGUCGGCGUGAGGAACCACCGGAGGAUCCACAACUCUGACAAACCGUACCGCUGCUGCAGCUGCGACUUCGCCACCACCAACAUGAACAGCCUGAAGAGUCACAUGAGGAGGCACCCCCAGGGCCAUCAGGCGGUGCAGCUGCUGGAGCAGUACAGGUGUUCUCUGUGUGGAUAUGUCUGCAGUCACCCCCCGUCUCUAAAGUCCCACAUGUGGAAACAUGCCGGAGACCAGAACUACAACUACGAGCAGGUCAACAAAGCCAUCAACGAGGCCAUCUCCCAGAGCAGCCGAGCUCCUCAUAAGUUGGCUGCAGUGGUGGAGUCUGCAGCCGAGGGUCCGGCUGGGGCUCCGCCCCCAAAGGAAAUGCUCAAACUGGACCCCCCCUCGCCGCUCCCACCAGCCGGUCUCCCCGCCGACGGCGCCUCAGGCUUCCCCGCAGACUCUUCGCCGUGCAUCCAGGAAGCUCCGCCCCCCCAGCAGAAGGACCCCGAACAGUCCAAAAGCUGCCCGUGCACCGGCCCGCCGCCCCCCACCCCCACCAUGGAGUACUGCGUCCUGCUGUUCUGCUGCUGCAUCUGCGGCUUCGAAUCCACCAGCAAGGAGCGGCUGAUGGAGCACAUGAAGGAGCACGAGGGCGCCAUCAUCAGCAUCAUCCUCAACAAGGAGCAGCAGGCGGAGCCCCAACCCAGCCUGCAGAGAGCUCAGUGAGCCCCCCAGGACCGACCGGAGUCCAACCCCGCAGUCCGACACCGCUUCAGAUGAAGGAGCUUUGACCCAAGUAGGAGUCUGUCAUACCUCAGCAGCACACAGCGCCUCCUGGCUGUAAGGCAGCUCUUUAUCGCUACUGUAAUAUUUAAUGUAUUUAAUCCAAGUCGGUCCAGGCUCAAACCUAGUAAAGGAGGUACAAACUCUCCGUAUGAACAUCGCCUCAGAUUUAUCCGUUUAUUUCAGCGUUUCCGUUUGCAGAUUUGAAUCCGGAGCUUCUUGUAUAAAACAAACUUCAGCGGACAGUUUUAGACGUUGUGGACGAACCGGAGGAGCUGCUUCCACCUCACCUGCUGCUGCUUUCAAGAACUUUUCUACAAAAGAAGACGAAAAAGGGAAGAAACUUUCUAACCGAAUGGUGCCAAGUUUGUGGAGAGGAAGACAGAGUAGAGAGAAUGUCACCUGUGAUGCGGUGCUCAUUUUAAGCUUUUUUAUAUGCAUAUAUUCAGUCUGUUUUUUAUGUCGUGAAUAGGAAUGUUUGUAAUCUAAUCUCUGGUGUCGAGCAAACUUGAAUGGAUUAUUGUCCCUGAUGAACAUGACUGACUGAAGAUGCAGA